AUGGGUCACACAGGUCUGUCCUCAAAAACCCUCUAUGGCCCCACUAAUGGAGAAGUGACCUUGAAGCCAGGGGUGGAAGGGGUAAUAGACGAUAUCCUGUGGAAGCACAAAGGCAACAAAGUAGUAGACUGGGACCUGACGGCUGGUGCAGCUGAGUAUUUAAGAUUUAAGGGUCGUACACAGCUGAACACAAAGACAGCAGAUGUCACUAUCCAAAGCCUGACAAAAGAAGACAAUGGACUAUAUGAAGCAGAGGUUCAAAUUGCUGGACUGUUGAGACAUAAGCAGUUGGAACUGAAAGUAAUUGACCCUGUGACAGAGGCAAAUGUCACCUGUGAAACCAGUGAUGCCAUGACAACACUACACUGUGUAGCAGUGGGUGACAAUCUGACAUACAGCUGGUCAGGGCCUGGACUACCGACUGUAGGGAUGAGCGGACAGACAGGACCACAGAUCAGUCAUGAGAACCAGGACUCAGUCUACACCUGUAACGUCUCCAACCCAGUCGGUCACGGCAGUGUGUCCUUUCAUGCCAGGGACUGCUUUGGGAAAAGAGGUCAACCAUAUUCUGAAGACAUUGGAGCAAUAAUUGGAGGGGGGGUUACUGCUGUUGCUCUCAUGGUUGCUUUGGCUGUUGGAGUUUGGUGCUGCUGUAAGAAGAGAAAGGAAAAAGGAAACAACAAGGACACUGACAAGAAUACCACACAGCAAGGUCACCCAGGCAACCCUGUCACUGAAACCAUACCAUUACUGGCAGUCAACGAAAAAGAUACACAGCAGGAAUCAUGCCCUACCAAAAGCUCUUCAGACACAGUGGUCAGUGAACGCAUAAGACCUGUGGGGGAGACGGUUGGCAAAUUUGGAGGGGGGAUAAAAAAAGAAAUAGUUAAAAGCUCCAGUGCUGCCAAUUUCAGUUGUACAGGUAGUAGAAACUCCGAAGUUGACAAACAGAAUACAAAUCCCGUGUCAAAAUCCAUCAGAGGACAGUUUGCAUCUUUUGGUGAUCCAUCUGCUGGUGAUGGUAAUGUAUUAGAACAGACAGACCCUAAGGAGGAUGUAUGUGAACCAGAGAAAGGUGAAGACAUUAAGGAGAAAAACAGACACACUGAGGAGGAGAAAACAGGAGGCGCUGAGGAGAAAACAGGAGAGCAUGUUGUAGCAGCAGGGUGA